AUGAGUUCCUUGUCAACGCGCUCGAUGCUCUUUUGCGUCGCGAUCCUGCUCGCGCGUCCACCAGCGUCACAGGGGACGACCUCUGUGUACUGCGGAUUGCGCUGCUCGGGGAUCAGGAGUCCUUUCUCCGCGCAGGAGAUCGGGAAUUUGAAGACGAUCUUGAAUUUCAUCGCCGAGUCCCCGGAGUUCCGUCCUCUAACGUUGUCCGUGAUCCUGCCGGAGUUCCGUUCGAGCUUCGUGGAUAUUCUGCUGCGCUACAUCGGCGAGAACUCGAUCGAAGCCUACAAGAUAAGGUCCAGAGAACUGUCGCGGAGCCCGAGGUGGAUGGAUCGAGCGAGGCUCACCUGGAUCAUCGUCGUGAACGACGUCUACAGCCUGUACAUCUUCAUCUACUGGCAGCCCAGGCUUUGGAAGCCCGGAAAUCAGUACCUGAUCUUCGUCACGAGCAAGAAGGUCUCCGGACAUUGGCGGAACGCCUUGAAGAAGCUGUGGAAGAGGAACAAAGUGUACAGAGCAGUGGUCAUUCCGGCCCAAGACGAUUUCGGGUGUUUGAUCAGGUUCGCGCCGUUCGAGGUUCGCGCGGGCGACUUCGGUGAGAUUCGGAAGCUGUGCUUGCAGAACGCUGUCAAAGGCUACAAAAGGCUACACGAAGACAGCGCUUGUUCAGAAAGCUGUGCAGACAAUACUAGUUUAACAGCGUCCACGGUUGCCGCUGUCGAUCCCCUGCAGAAAGACACGCGACUGUUCGAAACCUUCGGAAACCUGAACCACUACCCACUGAACGUGAUCGUGUUCGAGUCGUUGCUGAUGGGGUUCAUGUACGACGAUCAGCAGAGGCUGGUAUUGACCAAAGUAGACGGGAACGUGGUCUAUGCCCUGGAGAAAGCGCUGAACUGCAAGUUCCGGCUGACUCUGAUGAAGAAACUCGACUUCAGGCGGGAAGACCCGUUCGACAAGUCCCUGCGGGAGAUCGAAGCCGGGCACGUCGAGAUAGUGAUCACCGGCUUCUUCGUCAAGCUGUACACCAGCCACGCCGAGUUCCAGUUCACUAGCUCCAUGUACGAGGACAAGCUGUGCUUCAUCUCGCCGGACUCCGGGCUGGUGCCCAAAGCCUACAUGCCUUUCCUGCCGUUCGAGGAGGAGUUAUGGGCGCUGCUCAUGGUGUACAACGUCUCGAUCACGCUGCUGUGGUGUCUGUUGAAAUACGUUAACCGUAGGUUUCAACGGACGGGGUCGACGAACGAGGAAUCUCACACCGGAAACAACGAAGGAACUCCGGCGAGGCGAUUGAAAGGGUCUUCGAUGGAUCCAGGUGGAAUCGAUCGAUCUCUCGACAGCCGCGGAUCGUUGUACGGGCAGCCGAGAGGACGCUUCGAGUCAUUGAACAGGAUCCCGAAUUCCCGAGCAGAUCCACCGGAAGUGCCGCGGUAUCUUUUGAAGCUGUUCCACUUCGCCGAGCUUCUCUGCUACCCGUCGCAACGCGGCGACACGCCGGCACAAAGGUCCCUGCUGGUCGGCACCCUCUUUUUCGGGCUGAUCGUGAACGGCGUCUACCAGAGCUGUCUGGUGUCCAGCCUGAGCAAGCCCUUCCACUAUCCCCAGCUGCGCACCAUCGAGGACGUGAUGGACUCGGGGAAAACGCUGAUCACCAAGUACGCGAACUUGAAGACAACCUUCCUGGACGACACGCCGACGGGCGAGAAGUUCGGCAGGAUGAUCCGCGUGAUCAACACGCGGACGCCGACCAAGGAUCUGGUCGCCUUCAAGGACAAGAUCGCGAUCACCAGGUACUACACGAUGCUGCUCGGCGAUUACGCGUAUUACGACAAGGACGGGAAUCCGCUGAUCUACGUCGUCGACGAGUGCCCUAUGAACUACAGGGCGGCUUACGUGCUGCGGGCCAACUCGCCGUACGCGGAGAGGGUGAACUCGCUUUUGCUCAGGCUGAACGAGGGCGGGCUGCCUGUCUUCUGGUUCCAGAACAUGACGUACACGCUGAGGGUCAGGAAGAUGAGGCGGACAGCGAAGAACGAGGAGAGGAAGAUCACUCUGACCAUGGACCACUAUACGCUGACCUUCGCGCUGUUGCUCGUCGGCUUGACGAUCUCCGCGCUUAUCUUCCUCGGCGAGGUGUACACCGUUAGGAAAGCCAGAGCUAAAAUGGAGUAG